AUGCACAUGCCAUGUUUGUACUGGUUGGAUUGGUUGUUUGAGACUAUGGCGGGCCCGGAGUUGGAAUGGAAAGGAAUAAGGGUCAUGUGUGUGUUUUCCCUUGAUAUUUAUCUACCCGCAAAUAAACAAACAGUUGUUAUGUUUCCUUUCAGGAGGAGACAAUCUCUAGGAAUGGUCCUGUCUCACUAAUGAGCGAAGGAGGUUAUAAUGCCCUCAUCCCCACGGGAGUCAAAUUUGGUGUGCCGUCGAUACCAACCUUUUCUACUAGUAGUCUUCCACCAACUACGAUCUUAAAUAUAUCAUCAGUUCAACAAAAUUGCUACAUGUUGAGGAUUGCUCUUCCUCCAGCCAAAACAACCUACAGUACCUCGAUCGCUUCUCCUCCAACAAUGAAGUGUCAUCUCGCCGCAAGAAUUUUAUCUGCUUCAGGCUCUUCCUCCGUCUCGCGUCUUCAAAGGCCAGAAGCUCUGGUUCGACACUAUCCUGCUCACCGACCUUCUCAAGUUCACCCUGGGCACACUGGCGCGCUGCGUGGCCAUCUUUUCCGACAUCAGCAACAUGAUUGUCCCUCUGAACAUGAGCGACUUGGUGAACAACCUUCAAUUCAUCGCCGGAGUCGCGGGCACCGGAAAAUCACAUCUCCUGAUAUUCACCAUCCUGAUGGCCAUAUUUGGCGAUAAGCACUGCGUCCACACCAUCAAGGCAAUUUAUUUCACCAACCUGAACACGGCAGUGAAUGACGUCGCAAACGACCUGAACAAGUGGAUUAAUACCCUUUCUGGCAGGCAAGACGGAGUAAUCCGUCUGCAUAACUAUGAGAGCGAAAUGGCAGACUGGAUAGCCGAACAGGUGCCUGGCAUGGACAAGCGGCGUGAAGAACCCUUCGACCGUGGCAUGGCACUUGCAGC